AUGGCAGCCAAGCGUGGCAGAAAUGCGCCCAUUUUGGAUUAUAUGGAGCUGCAGUGUGUCUCACUCGACUAUAACUGCACAUGCAAACGAUUCUGUUGGGAAGUCACGGAGGAACCCAAGACCUCUCCCACCAACGCCACGGCCACGGUCGAAAAGAUCUCUACCGAGAUCAUUCCCUCACCGAAAAGUAAGCCUUCUCCUCCCAAGACCACGCCAUCACCAGAAAUCAAACCCUCUCCCAAGAUCACCCCACCAUCCCCUAAAGACACCAAAAAAAACGACCCUUUCGUAAAAACUACAUUUCCCACCGAAAAGAUUCCUCCCAAACCUACACCCGUCCCAAAAAGUGAGCCCUCCCCAAAGCCCACAACUCCUUUUCCGCCAGUUCGUCCUGACACCAGUAAGAGUGGAGACGAGGAACUAGAUAGAGCUAUCUGGGAAAUGAACCAAAGGAGAUGGCCUAAUCGCACAGUGCCAUUCGUAUUUCACCCAAAGCUGAAAAAGAAACAAAUAGAACUAGUUACCAUGGCGAUGGACAAGAUAAGAAACCUCACUUGUGUCGAUUUUACAGAUUUGACAGGUCGUGUUACGAUAGACGACAAGCAGGAGCACAAGGUGGUGGUUCAGACCCUGUACGCUGGCUGUUUCGCCACUCUGGGUUACAAUAAAUUCUUAAAGACGAGUUCCAUCAAUUUAGAUCGCGGUUGCUUCUCGCCCUCUGGACAUGUCAUCCUACACGAGCUGUGCCAUACUCUUGGUAUAGCACACACACAAAGCAGAUAUGAUCGUGAUAAAUACAUUACUGUUCACGUCGACAAAAUAGAGAGGGGAAAGGAGCCACAGUUUACCAUUAAUCAAAAGAUGUACGGCAAGCUUUCACUGGUGGGCUUACCAUAUGAUUUCAACAGCGUCAUGCACUACCCCACUAAUGCCUUUGCCAAAGACCCCAAAGAAAAUACUAUGACUUUGAAAAAAAACUUUCCAGGUCAGGUGGGUUUUGCCAAACGUCUUACCCGGUCUGAUGUCGCUACCAUUAAUCGCUUGUACGACUGUAAAAACCAUUACCUGGGCGACGACAUUCCGGAAGCCAAGAUUUAUAAAGAAUGGUACGAAACCUAUUUCGCAUGA